AUGCCUCUAAUGUUCCUGGAGAGGUUUCCGUGGCCCAGCCUGCAGACCUACACAGUACUGAGUGUGGCUUUGCUCGCUGGCAGCAUCUUCAGUGCCUACACUACUGUCACAGACCCCGGCUUUGGGGCCUUGGAACCGGAUGAUACACCUGCUCCCUCCCACGUCGAUCUUGAAAACCUAAGCAAUGCUGUUGGUAACUCAGAACUGGCAACGACGAUCCUGUGGUAUCUGGUGACUGACAGUCUGUUCGUGUGGGUGUUGGUGAAUACAUUCUGCUGUUCCUUGAUGCUAAUUGCAAAAAUGAUUCAGUAUGUGGUCUUUGGGCCCCUAAGAGUCAGCGAGAAGCAGCAUCUGAAAGACAAAUUUUGGAACUUUAUUUUCUACAAAUUCAUUUUCAUCUUUGGAGUAUUAAACGUGCAAACAGUUGAGGAGGUGGUCAUGUGGUGCUUGUGGUUCUCAGCUCUGGUCUUUCUCCAUCUCAUGGUGCAGCUUUGCAAAGACCGAUUUGAAUAUCUGUCUUUCUCCCCCUCCACUCCUAUGAGCAGCCACGUGAGAGUGCUUUGUCUGCUGGUCUCCCUGCUCUUGGACUGCUGCGGCCUUGCCGUGGUCUGCGGCUUCUUAGGGGCUUCACAUGGCAUGCACACCCUCUCCUUUAUGGCAGCAGAGUGUCUGUUGGUGACUGUGCGGACUGGGCAUGUCAUUAUGCGUUACUCCAUCCAUCUGUGGGAUUUGAACCAUCCAGGCACCUGGGAGAGCAAAGGCACUUACGUCUACUACACUGACUUCAUCAUGGAGUUGGCUAUGCUGUUUCUUGACCUCAUGCACCACAUCCACAUGCUGCUUUUUGGUAACAUUUGGUUGUCCAUGGCGAGCUUGGUGAUCUUCAUGCAGCUGCGAUACCUUUUCCAUGAAGUCCAGCGGCGUGUUCGCCGUCACAAAAAUUACCUCCGCGUCAUCAACAACAUGGAGGCCAGAUUUGCUGUUGCUACAGCUGAGGAGCUAGCAGCCAACGAUGAUGAUUGCGCCAUCUGCUGGGAUGCCAUGCUAACAGCACGCAAGCUGCCCUGUGGUCAUCUCUUUCAUAACUCCUGCUUACGUUCGUGGCUGGAGCAGGACACGUCGUGUCCCACGUGUCGAACGUCGUUGAAUAUUAGCGGCGAUGGAAGUCAGGUCAGAAAUCAGCAGCAGGGCGUCGGUCUGGAAGACAACAUGGGCCCAGUCGGAGCCGCUCCAGACGCUCGGCCACACAUCAAUCAGCACAAUCACUUCUUCCACUUUGACGGAUCUCGGAUCGCCAGCUGGCUGCCCAGUUUUUCAGUGGAAGUAAUGCACACCACCAAUAUUCUGGGCAUGGCUCCACCAAACAAUUCUCAGCUUAUGGCCAUGACACAUCAGAUUCAGGAGAUGUUUCCUCAGGUGCCCUCAUAUCUCGUAAUGCAGGACCUUCAACUGACUCGCUCUGUGGAAGUCACAACAGACAACAUUCUGGAGGGGCGCAUACAGGUGCCUUUCCCUGCACAGGCUAUAGAGCAUUCACCUACAAAUGAAAACCCUGCACAAGAUGAGCAAGCAGGUCCCAGCGGAGCGUCUGAGCAGAAUGCCAACGAGUCGGACAACAUGGAAGCCAGAGGAGGUCGUUUCUCCAAGUCAGCUGACGAGAGACAAAAGAUGCUAAAGCUGAGAAAAGAGGAGAUGCUCCAGCAUGCACGCAGGAGAUAUCUGAAUAAGUGUCCAGAGAAUCAAGAAGAGGAUUUGCCCAGACUAGAAGAAGACUCUGUCCCCGAAAUGGACUCGACUGUGCUGAGACGUAGAACCAUGGCAGCAGCUGCAGAGAGACGCAUGCAAAACCAACAAGACGCAGCCCCCUGAAACCUGCUUUACUAAAGCCAGAGAGCCCGUCACCUCAUCAUCCCAAGAGGCAACUACAGCGUUAUUUCAGCCUAGACCCAUUCGGUGUUGUCGGUGGUCGUCACCUUUUCCAAACUGUAAUUAAAAGCAUUGCAAACAUGGCCUGUGGACUGUUUUAGGCUGCCUAAAAAAAUGGUGAGACUAUUGGAAGUUGCCUCAGCAUCACUGAUUCUGCUGAAUAUUUGACUGGUAGGAAUUGAAGAGUGCACUUUAAGACACGCGGUGGUGCAUCGCCCUUUAUUCCGGGGCUGCACAUCGCGACCAGCAGCUUCAACAGUAUCAGUCCCUGUUGUGACACGCUCUUAAAAGUUACCAUUCAGACGUGAACGUCUUUAGAGAAAAGGGUUUAGAUGGUGUUCUUUUUUUAAUCAGACUUGGACUCUGUUCUUUUAUUAUGUUUGGUCACUUGUUUUCCUUUUAAUACCGAGAGCUUUUUUUUUUUUAAUCCUGGAUGAAGAAACUCAUCCGGUCUGUGUGUCAUUUUCAACUGUGAAAUAAGUAGCAACAUGUUUUGGUUCUUGCCGUACGGUAAGAGAAUGUCACUUUAGUAUUGGUCAGCCUUCCUGUCAACUCUGAAUGUUUCUAUUGACAUUAUGCUGCAAACAGUGUUUUUGAAUCGCAUGGGCUGGUAUUUGUUUAGUCUGUAACAUCAUCCAGAGAGGAUUUUAUUUUACAAAAGGGGAGGGGACGGGCAGAUGAAUCUUUGUUUUCCACUUUUGAGGCAGAAAUUCAGGAUGAAUUACAUUUUGUACAAAGCAUUGGUUGUUCUUUUUAAAUCUACCGCUAAUAUUUUUUUUUUCUUUCGAGUAUGGGGUUUUGGUUAUCGGAAUACAGCUGGUAGAAGUUUGCAAUGUUUUGACACUAUUUUGAGAGGUUUACAAAGUUCUAGAGUGCUUGUACUGGAAAUGUCUCUUGAAAAAGUAUCAAAACGAUAGAAAAACCUGCUCUAUUUUGCUUGAUGUUCCUCUUUUUCGUUCAGUGAUGAGAUCUGCAUAUGGAAAGUUUUGGGGUUUGAGUUUUAUCGCAGAGAGCCCGGUCUUCCUCGCCUUAAAUACCUUGUUUUAGUUGUGAAUAUCACUGGACAACAUAAGCUAGUCUCUCGACACUCGGAAGAAUGGUCAAAUUUACAGAAUCUACCUGAACGAGACAUAUCAGUGGACAUGAAAGUAGGAACUCUUUUUAUUUUUCAAUGCAGUGUGAGAAACGCUUGGAUAAAAAUGCACAGAUCGUAGAAAAAGACUUAAUUCUUUUUUUUUUUUUUUUUUUUUUACUUGAUCCCAAAGAUCAGCCCAAACACUUCCACAGAAGUUUUAAACAAUCUUUCAUUCAUUGUCUUUCACACUUCUCUUUGGGGAUGCUUUAAGCUGAUUUUUUUUUUUAACAUCAAUUUUUUUUAUUUAAGAGAAAUAACUGCUAAUUUUUUGUUUCUUGUUUAAUAUCUACUAAACAAAUUUUAACAUCCAUGAUGUAUUUUCUUAUUCAUGGGAUAUUUGUAAUAUUUCGUAUUUAAUUACAGUUUUUUUCUUUAAUAAACCAUCCCCAGUUCGUGCCUAAAUGAAGAAUAGAUAGGUUAAGACUCAACUUCUGUAAAUCAAAUUUUUGUAAAAUAUGAUCAAAUAAAACUCAAUAAACCGCUUCUACAGCUU